AAAUAAUAAAUAAUUUAAAAAGCGACGACUUUUCGAAUUCGCAUGAUUAUUGAUUAUUUGUUCCGUUUCGUUCAUGAAUUGCGCUAGGGUUUCGUAAUUUCAGAGGAGUUUUUUUCCGUUGAUAAUUUUUCUGUUUUGAGUCUUUUGAGUUUAGGGUUAUUGAUCGAGAAUCGAUUAUUCAAGAAGCGAUUAUUCGUUGUUCAGAGAGAGGGGAAAAAUAUGAUGGCUGGUUCUUCUUCUUCAGCUACUGUCGCAGUAGAGAAAGCUACUAGCGAUCUUCUUAUGGGGCCGGAUUGGACUAUGAACAUCGAAAUUUGUGAUUCCAUCAAUUCUAAUCAUUGGCAGCCGAAAGAUGUGGUUAAAGCUGUGAAGAAGAGAAUACAACAUAAGAGCUCUAAAGUUCAAAUACUAGCUCUCACGCUUCUAGAGACAAUGGUGAAGAACUGUGGUGAUUAUGUGCAUUUUCAAAUCACUGAUAGGAAUGUACUGGAGGAGAUGAUAAAGAUUGUUAGAAAGAAGGCAAACAUGCAAGUGAGGGAUAAAAUUUUAAUACUGUUGGACUCGUGGCAAGAGGCAUUCGGAGGGGCUGGUGGAAAAUAUCCCCAGUACUAUUGGGCAUAUGAGGAGUUAAAGCGAUCUGGAGUUUCUUUUCCGCCCCGUUCACCAGAUGCAGCUCCAAUAUUUACCCCACCUCCUACUCAUCCAUCAGUAAGAAAUACACAACCUGGAUAUGGGAUGCCAAGCAGCUCUUCAAAAACACUUGAUGAAACAAUGGCAACAGAGAUUGAAAGUUUGAGUAUGUCAAGCUUGGAAUCCAUGCGGCAUGUGUUGGACCUUUUGAGUGACAUGCUACAAGCUGUAAAUCCUAAUGACCGUGUGGCUGUAAAAGACGAAGUAAUUGUUGAUCUUGUUGAUCGUUGUCGUACCAACCAGAAAAAAUUGAUGCAUUUGCUGACAACAACUGGGGAUGAAGAACUUCUUGGGCGGGGCCUUGAACUGAAUGAUAAUAUUCAAAGUUUGCUUGCGAGGCAUGAUGCAAUUGCUUCUGGUACUUCUUAUCCAAUUCACGGUGCAAGUCCCAGUUCUAGUACUCCGGUGUCACCUGAAAGUGUCAAUCAAACUGAAGUGAAGAGCUCUAGUGCUUCGGAGUCUGUUUCAACACCUAAAGCUAGCCCUCCUGCCGCAGUUUAUUCUGAGACAAGGGGCGAGAGUGAUGAAGAGGAAGAAGAUGAAUUUGCACAGAUAGCUAGAAGGCAUUCUAAGACACAAUCAGUGACUUCUAAAGAUUCUACGGUAGGAUCUAGUGAAAAUUUAGGGUUAUUGAGCACUAGCAGCACAACUCCAUAUGUGCCAGAGUCUUCAACUUCUUCUGUACCAUCCAAUGCAUUAGCUCUUCCGGACCCGCCAGCACCUAUUAGUACUUCUUCAAGAGAUCAGGACAUCAUUGACUUACUGAGUCUCACUUUGUCCCUGGCACCAUCUUCUCCACCGACGGCAACAUAUGCACCAUCAUCAGCCCCUACUCAAGGCAGUAUGCAUCAGAUACCUGUUUCAUCCAGCGCAGAUGGUUAUUUUCACUCUCCCCAAACAUAUCCUGGAAAUUCGCCAUUCAACAAUUAUGUAGCUCCUUGGGCUCAACAACCGCAACCUAAGUCAGAGUUUCAAACCCAGCUUCCACAACAGACGUAUCAAUCCCAGAGUCCACAACAUAUUUAUCAACCCCAGCCUCAACCCACAACCCCUCCCUCACCUCAACAAUUUCAUGCACAUUAUGAAUCUGAGCAAUUGCUGCAUCAGCAACAUAACCGACAACCCCAAUCUGAGCUACCUCAGUCACAGCUGCAGAAUCAACACCUCCAAUAUAGCCCUCACCAACAUAAUGAACCCCAACUAUCACAAUACCAGCCUCAACAAUAUCCACAUUUACAGCGUCAACCACAACCACAACCACAACCACAACCGCAGUUGCAAAUGCAGUCUCAGCAUCGACCUCAACACCAACACCAACCCCAACAACCGAUGCAAAUACAGUCUCAGCAAUCUCAACAGCAGCCACAAUUUCAAAACCAACAUGGUCAAUACCCUGCAAGAUAUCCACCACCACCAUGGGCUGCUACCCCCGGAUAUGCUAACUAUCAAAGCCAUUCAUCGGCUUCAAAUGCAAUUUCGACUUCUCAAGGCAUCAACUCAGCAGCAUCUUAUCCACCUGCACAAGGGGUUAGGCCCUUGCAACAUAAUCUUUCAUUCCCUUUGCCUGGAGUUGAUCCUAGGGGUGGGAAUUCUGGACAAAGACCCUUUGUUCCAUCUUACAAGUUAUUUGAAGAUUUGAAUGUAUUUGGAAACUCAGAUGGAAGGGUAAGUGGUGCACCAUCCAACGUGUCGGGGGCAAUGGGACCUGGUAUGGUCGGUGGCGGACGCAAGUAAAAUUUUAAUUUUAUAUUCAUCUAUGUAAAAAAAAGUGAUGUGCUGUAUAUCUUCAGUGUUGCUAGCUUCUUCAUAUUUGCAACUUAUGCAAGUUUUUUAGAUUGAUGCAAGUCAUUAGUUUUGAGUGCUACCUAACCUCAGAUAUGACAGACAUGGAACAUUCUUUGAUAUAAGAUUUUAGUUUUUGGUA